UAGGGAGUUUUCUGCUGGGGUCAGGAGGACUUUGGACAGACGCACGGAUCCUCCCCCAAACACCCGUGUAUGACUGGAGUGUAGCAGAAAGAGAAAACAUCCCCAACUUUUUCCUCUCUUGCCUCAAAGAGUCUACAUGUCUGGUGGCAUCUAGACAUGUUCAGCUUUGUGGAUUUGCGGCGGGUGCUGCUGCUCGGUGCAGCUGUGCUCCUGGUCAGGGCGCAGGGCGAGGAUGACCGCACCAGUACCAGCUGCACCUUGGACGGACAGGUGUUUGCGGACAGGGAUGUGUGGAAACCAGAACCGUGUCAGAUCUGUGUGUGUGACAGUGGUACAGUGAUGUGUGACGAUGUCCACUGUGAUGAGCCGACCGACUGCCCAAACCCCAUCGUCCCCCAUGGAGAGUGCUGCGCCAUCUGCCCUGACGAUGGCUACCAGGCUGCUGAGGUUGAGGGACCCCGAGGAGACCGUGGACCCAAAGGAGAGAGGGGCCCCCCUGGUCCCCCUGGUAGAGAUGGUCUUGACGGCCAGCCUGGACUUCCUGGACCUCCCGGCCCUCCUGGACCUCCUGGCCUCGGGGGAAACUUCUCCCCUCAGAUGUCUGGUGGCUACGAUGAGAAAUCUCCUUCAAUGCUUGUGCCUGGACCCAUGGGCCCAAUGGGACCUCGUGGACCUCCCGGACCUGCUGGUUCUAGUGGACCUCAGGGACCCACAGGCCCUCCUGGUGAGCCUGGCGAGGCCGGAGCUCCUGGUCCCAUGGGUCCACGUGGACCUGCUGGUCCUUCUGGAAAGAAUGGAGAAGACGGUGAGGCUGGAAAAUCUGGUCGUGCUGGUGAGCGUGGACCUCCCGGAGCACAGGGAGCUCGUGGUUUCCCAGGAACCCCUGGACUGCCCGGCAUCAAGGGACACAGAGGAUUCAGUGGUCUAGAUGGUGCUAAAGGAGACACUGGCCCUGCUGGACCAAAGGGCGAGGCUGGAGCCCCCGGUGAGAAUGGAACCCCUGGAGCAAUGGGACCCCGAGGCUUGCCUGGUGAGAGAGGUCGCACCGGCGCUCCUGGAUCUGCCGGAGCUCGUGGUAACGAUGGUGCUGCCGGUGCUGCUGGACCUCCUGGUCCCACUGGCCCCGCAGGACCUCCUGGAUUCCCUGGUGGCCCCGGAUCUAAGGGUGACGUUGGACCACAGGGUGCUCGUGGAUCUGAGGGACCUGCUGGAACCCGUGGAGAGCCUGGAAACCCUGGACCUGCUGGCCCAGCUGGACCUUCUGGAAACCCAGGAACUGAUGGUGCUCCAGGAGCUAAAGGAGCCCCCGGUGCUGCUGGAGUUGCUGGAGCUCCUGGUUUUCCUGGACCACGUGGACCCCCAGGACCUCAGGGUGCUGCUGGUGCCCCUGGACCCAAGGGUAACACUGGAGAGGUUGGUGCCCCAGGAUCCAAGGGAGAGCCUGGUGCCAAGGGAGAGGCUGGUGCUCCAGGUGUUGCAGGACCCCCUGGACCUCAUGGAGAGGAAGGCAAGAGAGGAGCCAGAGGAGAGCCUGGUGCUGCAGGUGCUCGUGGAUCACCUGGAGAGCGUGGCGCUCCCGGUGGCCGUGGUUUCCCUGGUUCUGAUGGCCCUGCUGGACCCAAAGGAGCUACUGGUGAGCGUGGGGCCCCUGGUCUUGUUGGUCCUAAAGGUUCCACUGGUGAGCCUGGCCGCACUGGUGAGCCUGGUCUCCCAGGAGCUAAGGGUAUGACCGGCAGCCCAGGCAAUCCUGGCCCUGAUGGCAAGACGGGAUCUGCUGGAGCCCCUGGACAAGAUGGCCGCCCUGGACCACCUGGACCUGUUGGAGCUAGAGGUCAGCCUGGAGUCAUGGGAUUCCCUGGACCCAAAGGAGCUGCUGGAGAGGCUGGGAAGCCUGGUGAGAGAGGAGUCAUGGGACCCACUGGCCCUGCUGGAGCUCCUGGAAAGGAUGGUGAUGUUGGUGCUCAAGGUCCUUCUGGACCCGCUGGUCCUACUGGUGAGAGAGGCGAGUCAGGACCUGCCGGAGCUCCUGGAUUCCAGGGACUUCCUGGACCCCAAGGUGCUGUUGGUGAGACUGGCAAGCCCGGAGAGCAGGGUCUGCCAGGUGAGGCUGGUGCCCCAGGACCUGCUGGAUCUAGAGGUGAUAGAGGAUUCCCUGGUGAACGUGGUGCUCCUGGCCCUAUUGGACCUGCUGGCGCCCGUGGAUCCCCUGGAGCUGCUGGAAACGAAGGCGCUAAGGGAGAAGCUGGAGCCCCCGGUGCUCCUGGAGCUCAGGGUCCUCCUGGACUGCAGGGAAUGCCUGGUGAGCGUGGCGCUGCUGGACUUCCAGGAUUGAGAGGAGACAGAGGUGACCAAGGACCCAAAGGUGGUGAUGGAGCUCCUGGUAAGGAUGGACCACGUGGCUUGACAGGACCAAUUGGACUUCCUGGACCUGCUGGUGCACCUGGAGACAAGGGAGAGUCUGGUGGCCCUGGACCUGUUGGACCUGCAGGAGCCCGUGGAGCUCCAGGUGAGCGUGGUGAGGCUGGACCACCUGGACCCGCUGGAUUCGCUGGACCUCCUGGUGCUGAUGGACAGCCUGGCACUAAGGGAGAGCCUGGAGAUAAUGGUGCUAAAGGAGACGUUGGUGCCCCAGGUCCUGCUGGACCAACUGGUGCUGCUGGACCUCAGGGUCCCGUUGGAAACACUGGCUCUAAGGGAGCCCGUGGACCUGCUGGACCUCCUGGUGCUACCGGCUUCCCUGGCGCGGCUGGCAGAGUUGGACCUCCUGGCCCCGCUGGCAAUUCUGGACCUCCCGGACCUCCUGGACCAAGUGGCAAGGAGGGACCCAAAGGAAACCGUGGUGAGACCGGACCUGCUGGUCGCCCUGGUGAAGUUGGUGCUGCCGGACCCCCAGGACUUACUGGGGAGAAGGGUAGUCCUGGAGCCGAUGGUUCUCCUGGAUCUGCUGGUAUUCCUGGACCUCAAGGUAUUGCUGGACAGCGUGGUAUUGUUGGUCUGCCUGGACAAAGAGGAGAGAGAGGUUUUCCUGGCCUGCCCGGACCUGCUGGAGAAUCUGGAAAGCCAGGACCUUCUGGACCUGGUGGUGAGCGUGGGCCUCCUGGACCCAUGGGACCUCCUGGUUUGGCCGGAGCCCCUGGAGAGCCUGGACGUGAGGGAACCCCUGGUAAUGAGGGAGCUGCUGGUCGUGACGGAGCCCCUGGACCUAAGGGAGACCGUGGAGAGAAUGGCCCUGCUGGUGCCCCUGGUGCACCUGGACCCCCUGGUGCCCCUGGCCCUGUUGGACCCGCUGGCAAGAGUGGUGACCGUGGAGAGACUGGACCUGCUGGCCCAGCUGGUCCUGCUGGCCCUGCUGGACCUCGUGGCCCUGCUGGACCUGCUGGAGCUCGUGGGGACAAGGGAGAGACAGGAGAGGCUGGAGAGAGAGGCAUGAAGGGACACAGAGGAUUUACUGGGGCACAGGGACCUCCUGGACCUUCCGGACCUUCUGGAGAGGCAGGACCUGCUGGUUCUUCUGGACCUGCUGGACCUAGAGGUCCUUCUGGAUCUGCUGGUGCUCCUGGUAAGGAUGGUAUGUCUGGCCUUCCUGGACCCACUGGACCUCCCGGACCUCGUGGACGUUCUGGAGAGAUGGGACCUGCUGGUCCUCCUGGACCUCCUGGACCUGCUGGUCCACCUGGUGCUCCUGGUGGUGGAUUCGACCUUGGCUUCAUUGCCCAGCCCCAGGAGAAGGCCCCUGAUCCCUUCCGUAUGUUCCGUGCCGAUGAUGCCAAUGUUCUCCGUGACCGCGACCUGGAGGUGGACAGCACCCUGAAGAGCCUGAGCCAGCAGAUUGAGCAGAUCCGCAGCCCUGAUGGAACCAGAAAGAACCCUGCCAGAACCUGUAGGGACCUGAAGAUGUGCCACCCUGACUGGAAGAGCGGCGAAUACUGGAUUGACCCAGACCAAGGCUGUACUCAGGAUGCCAUCAAGGUCUACUGCAACAUGGAGACUGGAGAGACCUGCGUAUCACCAACCCAGCCUGAGGUGGCCAAGAAGAACUGGUACAUGAGCAAGAACAUUAAGGAGAAGAAGCAUGUCUGGUUCGGAGAUGCUAUGAACAAUGGCUUCCAGUUUGAGUACGGAAGUGAGGGCUCCCUGCCAGAGGACGUCAACAUCCAGAUGACUUUCCUGCGUCUCAUGUCCACGGAGGCAUCCCAGAACGUGACCUACCACUGUAAGAACAGCAUUGCCUACAUGGAUGCCACUGCUGGCAACCUCAAGAAGGCCCUUCUCCUCCAGGGCUCCAACGAAAUUGAGAUCAGAGCUGAGGGCAACAGCCGUUUCACCUACAGUGUCCUGGAAGAUGGCUGUACGUCACACACCGGAACAUGGGGCAAGACAGUCAUCGAUUACAAGACAUCGAAAACAUCUCGUCUGCCCAUUAUUGAUAUUGCUCCUAUGGACGUUGGUGCUCCAGACCAAGAGUUUGGCCUUGAAAUUGGACCCGUCUGUUUCUUGUAAAAAGAAAAAUCUGGACUUGAAAGUGUUGUUGUGUGUGAGCGUGUGUGCGUGUUUUAUUUUUUAUUUUUUAGCAGUCAUCCCAACCCCAAUAAGAAACCCCCAACAAAACAUUUGUUUUAUGUCACUUGAUUGAAAAAUCUGCCCCCUCGUUCCUGAUUCUACAUGUUUCCAUUUGGCUGUUGUUCUGAUGGUCCACUUUGCCUAAAACCUGCACUUCUUCAACAACAAGAUGGUGGCGGCGUGGUUGCGUCUGCAUCAUAGUGUUUAGGACCACUACGUUUCUCCGUUUGGACUUUUCUUCCUUUGUUCUUCUUGCCAUCACCAACACCACGGACCUUGUAGAGAAGACUUUUGGUUUCACUGGCAACAAGAAAAUAAUAUAUGCCUUUGUAAAGUGUAAAAAAAACCUCCCAUCUUCUUCCAGCCAAACCAGGCCUCACUGGAGUUUACGGAAACACACAACUGACUUUGUAUUUUUCUACGCCUCUGAGGAGUGACAGGACAAGCCUAACAGACAGAAUUGCUUUGUACCACAUUUCAGGUGUUGAUGAAUAAACGGUGAAACUGACA